AUGUUUGCCUUCGAAUCAGCCGCAGUAGUCAAAAUAGUCAGAAGCAAAAUAAUCGUGAUUGACGCUUUGGCUGGCAACGUCGAUCGAUUUGAUCUCCGUAGACGGGGCGGAAAAAAUGAAGAUGUGGGUCAGCAGAUGGCCAAGAAACGGUUCAACGGUUGGCUUUAUUUCUACCCUCGAUGCGAACGUCGAGUGGAAUUUUUUGCACCCAGUCGCCGAGCAGAGGAAAAGACACAGUUAAGACAAGAGCGAUGUAGCAAGAAGAUCAGCGGAAGAUGGUCGUCGUUGUUCCUCAUUCGGUUUCGGCACGAGGAAGAGGAAAGAGGCGCCAUACCUCUGCAUGCCGCAGCAACGAUACCCGCUGCCGUCUCGGCUGCCGGCUGGCCGGCCGCCGCCACAGCAGAGGCAGAGGAGGCAGAGGAGGCAGAGGCAGCGGCAGCGGCGGCGGCCACCUCGUUCUUGAGGCCAUGUGCUUGUGCAAUUGCGAGUCUCAUUGGCCUCGAUCAGGCCUUCCGUCGUAGCCGCCGUUGGAGAGUGACGACGACGGUGUUCGGCAUCGAGCAGCGGGAGCAGUUGUGCGCGUGUGCAUGCGGCGUACCUCACGUAGCGACCGUUCGUCCAUCCUUUCUCUCAUCGGUUAGUGCCGCAGCCAGGUGCGGUCGUCGAUCCGUGCGCGAACCAACCUGCCGACCGAUCUGCCAGCUUCACGUAAGCCGGCCGUUGCUAAUCACUGACGACGACGACCCGGUGUCCACAGAGGCGAUGUCCAUCGACCACUCGGUUCACAUCGGCCACUGCACCAGUCACAUUCCGUUCAUCGGCUACUUCAAAAGACUGAGGUUCGAAAGUGAGGAGUUGGAGCACCUGUACCACCAGUACAUAUUCGGUGCCCAGAAGACGGCGUUGCUGCAGAUCGUGUCCGUGCUGUUCGGCCUGUCCGCGACGUUGGCCGUGCUCAUCUUCAUCUUCAGCAAAGACACGUUGUCCGUGCUCAGCGUCUACCUGGCGUUGCAGGUGGCGUUGUGCCUCUGUCUGCUGCUGGUGCUAAUCUGGAAGUCUCACAGCAGGCAAGUGGUGCAACGGAUCGUCUACGUGACGCUGACCUCCCUGUUCCUCUUCACUCUGUUGUCGCUGCCCCUCGACUUGUUCAACGCGCCCAUGCGACACCCUCAACGUUUCAGCUAUGCCGACGGAUUAUGGCAACUGACGUUCUUCGUCUUCUCCAUCUACACCAUGCUACCGUUGCCGACGCUGCUGUGCAUCGUCAUCGCCGUGCUGAUGACCAUCGUCUACCUACUGGUGGUCAGCUUCGGCCAUCACCUCUUCCAACAGUUCGUCAUCGCGCAGGUAUUCCACUUUUCUACGUGUCCGUCCGUCUAUGCCUUGUGUUUCUUCAUGAAAUAUCAACGCUGCCCCCUUAAACCGUUUCCUGUCCCCCUGUCAUAA